AUGCCCGGGACGAUACGAUCAAGUCACGAUGAGUUCUUUUCAUCCCUAACGGGUCUCCUCACUCAGGCUUCUAAGAAGUCACGAGGCUCAGUAUAUUUGAGCCAAAAACCGAUUAUUGACCCUGAAUCCACAACGCCAUUGGUUCUCAUCCGUGCUACAGAUGGCAACACCAAUGCGCCAAACCCCAAGUCUACGAGCAAGGACGACAAAAUCGUCAAGAACAAAUCUACAAAAGUCAAAUUCUCGACAGUCGUGAAGACAGAUGAGCUCGAUGCAUUUUAUACCCGCUACGCCGAGGUUUGCAAGGCUGGCAUGACUGGAUUGAAGAAGCGGGAUCGCAAGAAGGCCAAGGGCAAGAAGGCCACAAAAGCUUAA